GGACUCAGGACCCCACAAAGCAGUCGCGGAAGAAUUCCCCCCCUCCCCGACCUGACGGGUGGAGGCGGAGGAGGAGUCGUCGGCGGCGGGAGCGGCGGUGCCCCCUGGGCACGGGGCCAUGUACAACGGGAUCGGGCUGCCGACGCCCCGGGGCAGCGGCACCAACGGCUACGUCCAGCGCAACCUGUCCCUGGUGCGGGGUCGGAGGGGCGAGCGGCCUGACUACAAGGGCGAGGAAGAACUGCGGCGCCUGGAGGCUGCCCUGGUGAAGCGGCCUAACCCUGACAUCCUGGACCACGAGCGCAAGCGGCGCGUCGAGCUGCGAUGCCUCGAGCUGGAAGAGAUGAUGGAAGAGCAGGGGUACGAGGAACAACAGAUCCAAGAGAAAGUGGCGACCUUCCGACUCAUGUUGCUGGAAAAAGACGUGAACCCUGGGGGCAAGGAGGAGACCCCAGGGCAGAGGCCUGUAGUAACUGAGACUCACCAGCUGGCAGAGUUAAAUGAGAAAAAGAAUGAGCGGCUCCGUGCUGCCUUUGGUAUCAGUGACUCCUAUGUUGAUGGUAGUUCCUUCGACCCUCAGCGUCGGGCUCGAGAGGCCAAGCAGCCAGCUCCAGAACCUCCUAAACCUUACAGUCUUGUUCGGGAGUCUAGUAGCUCACGAUCUCCUACCCCAAAACAAAAGAAGAAGAAAAAGAAGAAAGACAGAGGCCGCAGGUCAGAGAGUAGCUCUCCUCGAAGGGAGAGGAAAAAGAGUUCAAAGAAGAAGAAACACAGGUCAGAGUCUGAGUCCAAGAAACGGAAGCAUAGAUCGCCUACUCCAAAGAGCAAACGCAAAUCUAAGGACAAGAAACGGAAACGGUCUCGAAGUGCAUCACCUGCUCCAAAGAGCCGCCGGGGUCAUCGUUCAACGUCAGCUGACUCCGCCUCAUCAUCUGACACCUCCCGUAGUCGGUCUAGAAGUGCUGCAGCUAAACCCCGUACAACCACCUUGACUCAUCGCAGCUCCUCUCCUGCUACACGUCGUCAUGGAGAGGGAGAUGCUCCACCCAGGGAAUCUGCAGCUAUCAGCACAGAGCGGACCCAUAGCCCUGAGCUGCCGCCUCCUACCCAACGGUCCAGCAGUCCUCAUGAGGACAAAGAUAAGGAAAAAGAAAAAGACAAGAGGGAGAAAUCUGCGACCCGAACUAGCCCCUCCCCGGAGAGGAGCAACACAGGCCUAGAUCAACCUGCCCCUACCCCGCUCCUUGCUGAGCGAAAUCGCAGUUCCCCGGAACCCCCUACAGCAACUCCCCAGAGUCAGGAGCCAGUGAAGCCCUCAGCUGAACCCUCCCCAUCCCGCGGUCACUCACCCCCUAAGUCUCCAGAGAAACCUACCAGGUCCUCUUCCUCAGAAAGCUGCCCAGCAUCUCCUCAACCAGCCAAAGCUCCCCGACAUGGCAGUUCCUCACCUGAAAGUCCCCCCAAACCUGCACCAGCUCCUGCUCCUCGCCGGGAGCUUUCUCCUUCCCCCACAACCAAGAGCAGCCGUUCACGGGGACGUGCAAAGCGGGACAAAUCAAGAUCUCACAGUCCCACCCGUAGGGUGGGAAGGUCUCGCAGCCCUGCCACCACUCGAAGGGGACGAUCACGGUCCCGGACCCCUAACAAGAGGGGCCGUUCUCGAUCCAGGACCCCACAAUGGCGUAGGUCACGGUCUCCACAGCGAUGGGGGCGAUCUAGAAGUCCCCAGAGGCGUGGCCGCUCCAGGUCUCCUCAACGGCCUGGCUGGUCUAGAAGUAGGAAUGCUCAGAGGCGAGGAAGAUCUAGGUCAGCAGCAAGGCGAGGCAGAUCACGCUCUAGAUCCCCAGCUACCCGGGGAAGAUCUCGAUCUAGAACACCAGCUCGGAGGGGUAGAUCUCGCUCCAGGACACCUGCCAGACGGAGGUCUCGCUCCAGGACACCUGCCAGACGGAGGUCUCGCUCUAGGACUCCAGCCCGUCGUGGUAGGUCUCGUUCCAGAACACCUGCUAGACGAAGGUCUCGUACCAGAUCACCAGUACGACGGAGAUCUCGCACCAGGUCACCAGCCAGGCGAGGUGGCAGGUCCCGUUCCAGAACACCAGCUAGACGAGGUGGAAGGUCUCGUUCUAGGACCCCAGCUAGACGGGGUGGCAGGUCCCGUUCAAGGACCCCUGCCAGGCGUGGUAGAUCCCGUUCCAGGACGCCAGCAAGACGAGGGAGAUCUCGUUCCAGAACCCCAGCCAGACGAGGGAGAUCUCGUACUAGAACCCCAGUCCGACGUGGAAGAUCUCAUUCUAGGACGCCACAAAGGAGGGGCCGUUCUGGCUCAUCAUCAGAACGGAAAAACAAGUCAAGAACAUCCCAGAGAAGAAGCAGAUCUAACUCCAGUCCAGAAAUGAAAAAGUCUCGUGUUUCCUUGAGGCGUAGCCGUUCUCUUUCUUCACCAAGGCCCAAAGCAAAAUCUCACCUAUCCUUGAGGCGAAGCCGCUCUGGAUCUUCUCCACGUCCUAAACUUAAAUCUAGGACACCACCCAGACGAAGUCGGUCAGGAUCAUCUCCCCGCCCCAAAGCAAAGUCUCGAACUCCUCCUAGGCGAAGUAGGUCUGGUUCUUCUCCACGUCCUCAAGUUAAAUCAAGGACCCCAUCCCGGCGAAGUCGAUCUGGAUCAUCACCCCCAAAGCAGAAAUCGAGAACUCCACCACGGCGAAGUCGUUCUGGAUCUUCUCCAUGUCCAAAGAGGAAAUCUAGAACACCAACACGACGAAGCCGAUCCGGUUCUUCUCCACUCCCCAAAGGAAAAUCUGGAACUCCACCCAAACAGAAUUCUGGAUCAAGUCCUGUGACAAAUGCAAGAUCUAGAACACCCCCAAGGCGAAGCAGAUCUGGGUCUUCACCUCAUGCCAAGGGGGAAGCAAGAACUCCAAGACGCAGCCGUUCUGGUUCUUUUCCUGGACCUGAUGUAAAAUCUAGGACUCCAUCAAGACGUAGUCGUUCUGGUUCUUCUCCCCAUCUGAAGGUUAAAUCUAGGAUGUCUCCAAGACGUAGCAGGUCUGGAUCUUCCCCACGUCCCAGUGUGAAAUCUAGAACUCCACCAAGGCAUAGCCGUUCUGCGUCGUCUUCUCCAAGUCCUACUAGAGUGACUUCUAGAACACCACCAAGGCAAAGCAAGUCAAGAUCUCCCUGCCCCAAGGUGAAGUCUAGAACACCCCCAAGCCAGAGCCAUUCUCGGUCCUCUUCACCUGAUACCAAAGUAAAAUCUAAAACACCACCAAGAGAAAGUCACUCAGGGUCCACUUCACCGUGUCCCAAAGCAAAAUCUAAAACACCACCAAGGCAAAGCCAUUCUCGAUCAAGUUCACCAUGCCCACAGAAUAAGUCAAAAACCUCACCAAGUCUAAGUCACUCUGGAUCUCACUCCCCUUGUCCCAAAGUGAAGCCUAGAACACCACCAAGGAGUAGAUCAGGCUCUAGCUCUCCACAACCAAAAGCAAAAUCUCCAACUCCACCAGGUCAUGAAUCAGAUUCAUUUUCACCAAGUCCUGAAGAGAUAUCUAGGACAUUGUUAAAGCCCAGCUGCUCUGAAUCUUCUCCAUCUUUGAAAAGGAUAUCCCAGACAUCCCCUAGGGCCAGCCGUUCUAGGUCCUCAUCUCCCAGUCCUGAAGUGGCAUCCAUAACUUCAAGACAGAGAGCAGGAUCUUCAAGUCCUAAGAUGAAAUCUGUAACGCCACCUCCACAGCAGAGUAGUUCCAGGUCUGAGUUUUCACCGUGUACCAGAAUGGACUCUAAAUCUCCUCCAAGACUCAGUAGCUCUGGAUCCUCUCCAGAACCAAAAGAGAAAGCUAGUUCACCCCCUAAGCAGACUCUAUCUGACACAUCUCCAGGACCAAGGGAUAAAUCUAGACCUCCUUCAGUUCAAGGUAGCCCUGAGUCCUCACCAGUGCACAGAGACAUAACUAGGAGCCCUCCAAGGGAAAGAAAUGGCUCAGAGUCAUCUCCAGAAGUCAAAGAGAGAGAUACUGCAUUACCCGGGCCACAUCAGAUUGAGGUAACUGCAGAAGUGGUAGAGAAAUUUGAAAUGCAGUUAAAUGAAAGCUUGCCUCAUUUAUCUCCAGAACUUAAAGGCAUAGCUGGAAGCAUCUCUGAGUCAUCUCCAGAAAUAAAAGAAAGCCUUGCUGUGCCUCUUGGACAGAUUCUUCCACAGACUUCAUUAGAUGUGGCAGACAUUCCAGCAGUGACCCAAACCUGGACUAUGGUGUCACAGUCUCCAGAACACAAAGAACUAAAUAAUACUAUAUUCAAACAGCAUGGUUCUGGAUCUCCUUCAGAACUCAGAACAAACAUCAUAACAGAAAUUAAACCUGUCUUAUCCCCUAAAAUCAAUGAGGAUUUAGUGGUUGCUUCCCUAAGUCAACUUGGGUCAGGUCCAUGUCUCGCCAUAAAUGAGCAAUCUAGAACACCUAGGCACAGCAGUUCUGAGUCAUCUCCUGAAGUAGAGAAAUCCAGAAUGUUUUCAAUUCAGAGCAUUACUCAGUCACCUUGUGGAUUUGAUGGUGCACCAGAUACACCCUUAAGGGGAAGAAGUGGUUCUGGAUCUUCUCCAGAACUCAAAGAUAUACCUAGAACCCCAUCAAGGAGGAGCAGGUCUGGGUCUUCUCCAGGACUGAAAGAUGGGUCUGGGAGUCCCUCAAGACAGAGUCAUUGUGGUUCUUCUCCAGGAAUCAAAGAUAUACCAAGAACACCUUCAAGGGGAAGGAGUGGAUCAGAUUCUUCCCCAGAAUCAAAAAUGCUUGAUACACCAACUAGAAAAGGAAGUCACUCUGGAUCAUCCCCAGAACUGAACAACAAAUGUCUGACACCCCAAAGAGAAAGAAGUGGGUCAGAAUCUUCAAUAGAACACAAGGGUGUUCCUAGAACUCCACUUAGACAAAGCUCUGGUUCUUCUCCAGAACUUGAUGUGAAACCCAGAACACCUCCCCAAGGAAGAAGUGAGUCUGAUUCUUCUCCAGAACCCAAAGGUACAACUCAAACUCCAGUUAGGCAAAGGAGUCGCUCUGGAUCAUCUCCAGAAGCUGACAGCAAACCUCGACUAGUUCCUAGACGCAGUAGAUCUAUUUCCUCUCCAGAAGUCAAUGAUAAGCCAAGAGCUUCACCCAGGGGCCAGAGUGGCUCAGAGUCCUCUCCUGAACCCAAAACUGCUGUACCUCGGACUCUCCUCAGGCGAAGCCGAUCAGGUUCAUCCCCUGCCAGUAAAGGGAGAGGACCAUCACCUGCAGGGAGCAGCAGUUCUGAAUCUUCUCCAGAGCACCAACCAAAAUCCAGAACUCCUCGUAGAAGCUCUAGGUCCUCACCAGAGCCUAAGGCAAAAUCUCGUACACCACCUCGGCGUCGUAGUUCCCGGUCAUCACCUGAGCUGACUAGGAAGGCCAGGCUUUCACGUCGAAGUCGAUCUGCUUCAUCUUCUCCAGCAGCCCGCUCUAGGACCCCUCCAAGACGCCACCGAAGCCCAUCAGUUUCAUCCCCAGAACCAGCUGAAAAGUCAAGGUCCUCCCGUCGGCGACGGUCAGGCUCCUCCCCAAGGACUAAGACAGCUUCAAGAAGAGGCCGUUCUCCAUCACCAAAGCCUCGGGGACUCCAGCGUUCCCGUUCCCACUCAAGGCGAGAGAAGACUAGAACAACUCGUCGUCGAGACAGAUCUGGUUCAUCUCAGUCAACUUCACGGAGGAGGCAGCGGAGUCGUUCUAGAUCUCGUCUUACCCGUCGACGACGAGGAGGCUCUGGUUAUCACUCUCGGUCACCCACCCGACAGGAGAGUUCUCGGACAUCAUCUCGGCGUCGACGGGGACGUUCUCGAACACCUCCCACUAGCCGCAAGCGUUCUCGUUCUCGAACAUCACCAGCUCCUUGGAAUCGCUCUCGGUCUCGAGCUUCCCCAGCUACUCAUCGGCGGUCCAGGUCAAGAACACCUCCAGUCACUCGGAGGAGGUCAAGAUCUCGAACCUCACCAGUUAGUCGUAGGAGGUCAAGGUCCAGGACGUCUCCAGUUAAUCGACGAAGGUCUAGAUCUAGAGCAUCACCAGUUAAUCGUAGAAGGUCCCGUUCCAGAACACCACCAGUAACUCGCCGCCGAUCAAGAUCCAGAACACCAGCAAAUCGUAGGAGGUCACGGUCUAGAACUCCACCAGUGACUCGUAGGAGAUCCCGAUCUAGAACCCCUCCUGUGACUAGAAGGCGGUCUCGAAGCAGAACCUCACCUAUCACUCGCAGAAGAUCAAGGUCCAGAACAUCUCCAGUGACUCGUAGACGGUCUCGUUCACGUACUUCUCCAGUGACUCGACGGAGGUCCCGUUCACGAACCUCUCCAGUGACUCGGCGUCGGUCUCGAUCUCGAACACCUCCAGUUAUUCGGCGCCGCUCUAGGUCCCGGACACCUUUGUUAACCCGCAAACGUUCUCGAACUCGUUCACCACCUGCUAUCCGCCGGCGUUCUAGAUCCCGUACUCCACGAGGUGCUCGUGGCAAGCGUUCUCUAACCCGGUCUCCUCCAGCCAUUCGUCGGCGUUCUGCAUCAGGAAGUUCCUCUGAUCGUUCUCGAUCUGCCACUCCUCCAGCAACCCGGAAUCAUUCUGGCUCCAGGACUCCUCCUGUGGCUCUUAACAGCUCAAGAAUGAGCUGCUUCAGUCGCCCUAGCAUCUCACCAACUCCUCUGGACCGCUGUAGGACUCCCCCUGGAAUGCUUGAAUGCUCUGGCAUUUCUGGGGCCUUGGGGAGCUCUAGAACACCAUUAUCUGUUCUGCAACAAGCUGGUGCCUCUAUGCUUGAUGGACCUGGUCCUAGAAUUCCUGAUCACCCUAGAACCCCCUCUGUGGCAGAAAACCAUGCUCAGUCUAGAAUUGCCCUUGCUUUGACAGCCAUUAGUCUUGGCACAGCUCGACCACCUCCCUCUAUGUCAGCUGCAAGCCUGGCUGCCAGAAUGGCUCAAGUUCCAGCCCCAGUACCCCUCAUGAGCCUUAGAACGGCUCCAGCUGCAAACCUUGCUAGUAGAAUACCUGCUGCUUCAGCAGCAGCCAUGACCCUUGCCGGAGCUAGAACAUCAGCUAUGCCACCAGCUGUGAACCUAGCUGAAUCUAGAACACCUGCAGCUGCAGCAGCCAUGAAUCUAGCCAGCCCAAGAACACCAGUGGCACCCUCUGCUGUGAACCUUGCCGAUCCCAGAACACCUGCCGCAACAGCAGCCGUGAACCUGGCUGGAGCUAGAACCCCUGCUGCUCUAGCAGCCUUGAGUCUUGCAGGCUCGGGCACUCCACCAACUGCUGCCAACUAUGCAGGUUCCAGAACACCACAAGCCCCAGCAUCUGCAGGCCUCGUGGGUCCUCGGACUGCUCAUGCUCCAGCACCUGUGAACCUUGCAAGCUCUAGAACACCACCAGGUCUGGCACCUGCGAGCCUUGCUGGCUCUAGAAUGCCACCGGCGUUGUCAGGGGCAAACCUUACCCCCUCAAGGAUGGCUCUUUCUGCCUAUGACCGAGUCAGUGGCAGAACCUCACCACCCCAUCUCGAGCGAGCCCGUUCUAGAACCCCACCUGGAAUCCCAGGCUCUAGAACCCCGCCCUCUGCCCCAGGCCAAUCUAGAAUGGCUUCUGAGCGUGCUGGUUCUCCUCCCCCUCCCCCCCAUACCUCUCGAAUGGCCCUAGCUCCUUCUCAGUCUGUUCUCCCUCCACCUCAGGAUCGGGCUAGGUCCCCUCUCCCACCUGUUGUUUCAGAUCAACUCCAUUCCUUGUCUACCCAGACCCAUCCUCUAGGAGGGUCUCAGGCCCCACUCCCUGCUAUGGUGGCCAAGACCAUGCCUCCUGCUGGUGAUCAUAAUGGCACCCUCUCUGGUCCUGCUUCUGGGGGGCCCUGUUCUGAUGGUGCAGAACCAAUUUCUGCAGCUGGCUCCCAGCUGCCUUCCUCCCCACUGGCCAGCUUGCAGCCUGCCAAGGAGCGGAGGAGCUCUUCUUCAUCUUCGUCAUCAUCCAGCUCCUCGUCCUCAUCCUCCUCCUCCUCCUCCUCCUCCUCCUCUGGAUCUAGCUCCAGCGACUCAGAGGCCUCUAGCCUCCCAUGUCAACCUGAGGUGGCACUGAAAAGGGUCCCUAGUCCCUCCCCAGCCCCCAAGGAGGCUGUCCGAGAGGGGCGCCCCCUGGAGCCUACCCCAGCCAAGCGGAAACGGCGCUCUAGUAGCUCCAGCUCCAGCUCUUCAUCUUCCUCAUCUUCCUCGUCUUCCUCUUCCUCCUCUUCUUCCUCCUCUUCAUCUUCUUCCUCUUCCUCCUCUUCUUCUUCUUCCUCUUCUUCCUCCUCUUCUCCUUCCCCUGCCAAGCCUGGCCCCCAGGCCUUGCCCAAACCUGCAAGUCCUAAGAAGCCGUCCCCUGGGGAGAGGAGAUCCCGAAGCCCCAGGAAGCCCAUAGAUUCCCUUAGGGAUUCCCGUUCCCUUAGCUACUCACCUGCUGAGCGCCGCCGCCCUUCACCACAGCCCUCUCCGCGGGACCAGCAUAGUAGCAGUGAGCGGGGAUCCCGACGAGGCCCACAUGGGGAUAGCCGCUCCCCAGGCCACAAGCGUAGGAGAGAAACACCCAGCCCUCGACCUGUCCGUCAUCGCUCCUCCAGGUCUCCGUAGUUCCUUUUUGGGGAAACCACAUCACACCCCAAGUCCUGGAGCCACAGGGAGCACCCCUCUUAUCUCCCUAACAGAGCCGCAGGGGAUGGGGACCCCCAUCUGCCUCCGUCUCCUUUGAACUCUGGCAGCCUCUUGGGGGGAGGUCCCCUUUCUUCCCCUCCCCCCCUUUAAUUUCUGUUUUUUUUUUUUCUUUGUUCCUGUGAAAUGUUGAUCUCUGUGAGUUUUUUCCUGGUUCACGUGUUUUGGGGGGUUUGGGGUGGGAGGGUAUCAGUAGGGAAAGGUACAGUUUUGGGGUUCCCCAACCUUGAGUUCACGAUAACAGGAGGGAGCUGCUGCCCUCUACCCCUCUCAGACUCCUGAGUUUACCAGGGGCUGAUGGUUUGGAACUUGGGUGGAGAGGAUGAUAGGGAAGCUCCCGGGGGGCAGGGUUAGAUUGGAAUUUGUUGGUUAGCUCCAUGUGCCGCGCCCCCACCCAGAUUGGCCAUGGGCCCCUCCCCCCAACUUUUCUUCACGUUUCUUAAAGGCAUUUUGGUUUUUUUUUAAUCUGUACAGCGAGAGCGACUUUUUCUGUCGAAUAAAAAUGAGAAAUGCAGGA